AUGAAUUUGAAUAUUCAGUCAGUAAUCGUGAAUGGUCUCGUUGAAGUGGUGAAACCAAAUGGUGAACGAGUAGAAUAUAAAUUAGGCGAUUCAUUUGGUGCUGAGCCGAAUCCGGCUGUUCAAUAUCAUGUCGGUGAGAUGCGCACAAUGGUUGAUGACUGCGAAUUUGUGCUUGUCGAGCAUAAGGUAAGGACUUCUGCUCGAUUAUGUCCACCAUUGGAGAACAUAUCGAAAAAGACCGUGAUGGGUUAA